CCAUUCAACCCAGAGACCCUAACACUAUGUAUAGCCACAUAGUGGUUCCUAAAUCUAAUUUUAUGGCACCUGGGACUGUCUCCAGUAAAAGGAUUAUCUUAAAUUUCCCCCCAAGAAAAUGCUUUUGGAAGUGAAAUUGAACCAAUACAGAGGGAUAUGCUUCCAGAACUAUUAUACCACACAGGGCUAGGGACUUGGCGUGCAGCCUUUCAGCUUAGCAUAGUAUACAGAUUGAGGGGCUGGGUUCCUGGCUUAUACUUCAGUUUCCUUUCUUUCUCCUUAGUUUGAAUAUCCCAGAUGUAUCCCUUUUUUCCCUAUCACAAAAUACAUAACAGGAAAGACCAAUUUAUGAUGAGAGAUUGAGUGGAAAGAUGUUUUACAAGAGAUUUCUUCACUCAUUUCCUCUUAUACUGAAUCAUGAUGACUCAGGAAAGCUGAAACCUGAGAAGGAAAGACUGGCUGGCUGAGAGGAAACUCGCUAACAAAAUGAGGUGCUUAUCUGUCGACCCACUCACUUCAAAAUAAUUUAUGACAAACCAGUACAAAUGUUGAAGAUUUUCAACUUUUGCACUUACUUGAAAUGAGACCCUUAGCUAAGUUUCUAAUUCCGAGCUUGCUUUAAAGCAUCAGAAUUGUUUCCUCUUCCCAAAGAGAGUCUUCAUAGAACUCCAAAAUUUAUAAUUUCUGAAUUUUCUUCACUUUUACAUCCUAUAGUUUUACUUUGGAUCACCUUCUGGCCAUAACUGUCGGAUCAUUUCUACACACUGUAAAAAAGAGGCAGCUUGUUAUAGAGAAGGUUCUGCUCUUGGAGUUGUCCUCACGCUGGGUUUGAAGGAAGGAAGUACUGUGAGCAUGAUUUUCAGAUGCUCUUUGCGCCCUGCUGUCAUCAGUGUGGUGAAUUCAUCAUCGGCCGAGUCAUCAAAGCCAUGAAUAACAGCUGGCACCCCGAGUGCUUCCGCUGUGACCUCUGCCAGGAAGUCCUGGCAGAUAUCGGGUUUGUCAAGAAUGCUGGGAGACAUCUGUGUCGCCCCUGUCAUAAUCGUGAGAAAGCCAGGGGCCUUGGAAAAUACAUCUGCCAGAAGUGCCACGCCAUCAUUGAUGAACAGCCUCUGAUAUUCAAGAACGACCCUUACCAUCCAGACCACUUCAACUGUGCCAACUGCGGGAAGGAGCUGACUGCUGAUGCCCGGGAGCUGAAAGGAGAACUGUAUUGCUUGCCGUGCCAUGAUAAAAUGGGGGUCCCCAUCUGUGGCGCUUGUAGGCGGCCCAUUGAAGGACGUGUGGUAAAUGCCAUGGGCAAGCAGUGGCACGUGGAGCAUUUUGUUUGUGCCAAGUGUGAAAAACCAUUUCUUGGACAUCGCCAUUAUGAAAGGAAGGGCCUGGCAUAUUGUGAAACCCACUAUAACCAGCUCUUUGGUGAUGUUUGCUUCCACUGCAACCGUGUUAUAGAAGGUGAUGUGGUCUCCGCCCUGAAUAAGGCCUGGUGCGUGAACUGUUUUGCUUGUUCUACCUGCAACACCAAGUUAACACUCAAGAAUAAAUUUGUGGAGUUUGAUAUGAAACCAGUCUGUAAAAAGUGCUAUGAGAAAUUUCCGUUGGAGCUGAAGAAAAGACUUAAGAAACUAGCUGAAACCAUAGGAAGGAAAUAACUUUUGAUUUACUUUUUUCUCUUCUCUGCAAAGACGAGAGCACCAGCGUUAUUGACCUGGCCCGCCCUUAUUUAAGCCUGUCUCUCGAAAUAGUUGUGUGAAGAGGACCUAGAUGAACGGUCUUCUUCAUCUCCUUUGUCUCAUUAAAAAAUACGUAGUUUGUGAUCAUAUUUAAAACACAGAUGAAAUCCAGAUUUGCCUUUGUUAAUUACCCCUUACCGAUUUACUAAAAUGUAGACUAUACUUAAUAGCAAAAACCACAUGGAUAAAUGUUAGAUUUUAAUUUAGGUACAACUUUUAAAAAUGAAAGUAAGGAGUCAUCUUUUACAUGACUCAGAUUAAAAAAUACAAGCAUUAUUUUACUUUGUAGUCAACAGAAAAUUAACUCCAACUGCUAUUGGGGAGGGUACAGGGAAGAAAAAUAACCAAGAAGAACAAAGCUUAUGGAAUCUUAGUAUGUUUAUCAAACUGGUACCUGUGAUAUGAACAUACACAUUACUAACACAAAACAAGUAUUCAGAACUACUUGGAGUUUGUUGUUAUUAAAUGCAAUAAUUAUGCUUAGUUGUUUAAAAAUUAUGCUUAGUUUCAUAUUUUGUUAACUCCUUCCUUCAUACAGUUAACACAGUAGUUAUAGCUGGCUAAUAGUUUGCCUUUUAAAAUUUUGUGCAAAAAAUUUUAUUCUCUGUAUUUGAAAAUAUGGUAUACUUUGCAGUAUUGGAAAAAUGAAAGCUUUUUUAUGUAUUAGAGCAAUUAUGCUUCUAAGCUUAAUAUCAAAGAUGUAGUCUUAGAAUAGGACAUGAAAUUAAAUUUUAUGUAGCUUGGAAUGUAUCACUUUAAAAAAAGUGAAUGUAUAUGUUUCGGUCAUAUUGCCUUUAUAACCAAGUUAAUAUCUAUGCUUUAUACAUAAACUUGCCUUGCCUUAGAAAAACAUAUAAUCAGGAAUUCCAGCUGUUCUAUACAGUACCAGCUAAAAAUAAGUGUAUUGGUUGAGAUUUAUAAACUUAGAAUCAUUCACCAGAGCUAUGAUUAUAUUUUUCAGAAUUUUUUUCUCCCCUUUUGGGAAACACAUUAAAAUUAAUUUCUGCCAUCUCAUUGGAAGAAAAUGAAUUUGAUAAUGUGUUUCCAAUUUUUCAUUUCAAAUCUCAUAAUUAAUUGGAUUUUAUUUGCUAUAAGUAAGAUGUAUAAAUGAUACUUAAAUUGGAAGAGGGAUGUUUAAGGGUCAAUUUUAGGUCAAAAGUAAUGAAUUAUUCUGCUUCAUACAAGGUUUUAUUUUGAAGUUUCUGGACCAUUCUUGAUAAACUUGUAUACAAAACAUUUAGUUGUGAACAUUAUUUAAAUGUCGCUGCUGCUGUGUUAUCAUUUAAAAGAAAGUUGCCAAGAUGGACUUCUAAGGGGAAAAUUACUAUUUUUUACAAAAAUUGCUAAAAUACUGUUUGCCAUUAAAAAUAUCACCUCAUGAUGCUACCACUCUGCCAUUAAAAUAUUUGUCUGCAUGUAUUAAAAAGUGUGUGCAUGUGCUCUACAGGGUAGAUUCUGUUUCAGGUUUCAGAUAACUAAUAACCAAUAACUUAUUUUUAGUGUUCUUCUGGAGUUCAAAGAAUUACAAAUGAUUGAAAAUAAUUAAAGGUAUAGUUUAAGACUGCAUGUGUUCAUAAGUUUAAAGCAGUCUUUGCAUCUGACAGAAAGAAUCAAAAUCCCUUCAUUGUGCCUUUGUCAGCUGAUUUAUGACCAGCAAUGAAAACCUUGAAAGUAUUUAUGAAAUAUUAUACUAUGGAUAUAGGCAAAAGAGUACAGGGUUUGCAGUGUAGGGUCUUGAUGCUAACUCUAAAAUAUGCCUAUACCAGAAAAGCAAACAACGGACCUAUAUUUUUAAUCACUUUGAAGAUGUGUGCACUGAACUGAGCUGCUUUGUUUACAUACCUUACAUAGCCAGGCCUGUCCUGCAGCCAGAGGUCCCGGUGCUCUCUCUGCUCACUCUUCUCUUAAAAUAUGAAUUGCUAUUUCCUGGAAGUUCGACUUGUUUGGGUAUUUUAUCUAGAGACAGUACUUCCCUCCUUAGUAGGGCUGUCGUUGGAGCCGGUACAGGUGGGAAAGGAGGAAAGUGUUGAAGUUGUAUUGGAAUAGUAGUCAAACUCGGUUUAGUUCAUAAUGUUUCUUGUGAAGCUUUCCUAGCUGUGAAAAACCUCAGGCGAGUAAGCAUCUCUUUGUUUAAAGCCCAACAAGGCAGUUUUAAAUAAUUCAUUUUUCUUAACUGAAUUUCUAAGUGCCUUUUUUUUUUUCUUUUAAACCAAGCCUAGUAUAAUUGGGAAAAAUGUUUGGAUACAAAGAAAACAUUCUUUGGAUCAUGUUCAAGGUUAUUAACACUGCACCUGAAAGCAUAGGUCAUUUUGCCUCACUGUUUGCCAAAAUAGCCAUUUCUAUGUUCAGGAAAUGUCAAGGUAGGCUUACAGCAUUUUUAUUGUAUUUCAUUUUAGAUUGUAAGCUCAAUGGCAGGGACACUAUGUUGCUAAUUAUGUUUUUAUAUAGCAACCUUUGCAGUAUACUCUUGGUACUUAAUAAAUGUUCAUAAUUAUUAAUAA